GUAUAGGAAUUUCCGGUUACGUCAGCGUGUCUGGACUCCAUUAGGGGGUUGCAGCUGUUGAGAGAAACAACAACAAAAACGGAGCGAUUGACGGGAAUACCACAGAGUCAGUGCGUUCUCAGCCGGGUUACGAAGUCUAAAUUCUGGGAGCUAAAACCUCCUUUCCCACCCUGGGCUUCGCCGGCUUCUAACCACGGCCGCUCUCGGUGAGGAAACUCUGGCCUCCGCUUCCUCCUCCUCCGACUCGGACACCGGCGGAGCGUCGCCGCCCCCACGGAAGAAACACCGAGCCUCGGCGGCGGAGGGAGCAGGAGAGCCCGGGGCUUCAACAGUUGCGACAGGCCUUUCUGGAGUUGUUUUGGGACUUGCUACUACUUCUCCACAUCACCAAGCCACCUCUGCUAUUCACUUUAACCGGACCCUUGUCAACAAUCUCAGCGGCAAUAACAUGCAGUCAAACGGGGCAGGACAGGAUUCAGAGCUUUCCUGCCAAAACAGUGCACAAAACGGGGAGUCAUCCUCGGCUGGGGGAACGCACUUCAACGGGCUUCUGGUCAGCACAAACAAUGGGAAUAGUGUCGGUACCAAUAACGGAGCCGGACCGGGCUCAGGGACCUCCACAGCCUCGGGUUCGGAGGUCGGCUCCAUGAAAAAGAAGAAACGUCUUUCGCAGUCGGAGGAAGAUGUCAUCCGAUUAAUAGGACAACAUCUCCACGGGUUAGGGCUAAAUCAAACAGUGGACCUGCUGAUGCAGGAGUCGGGCUGCAGACUGGAACAUACCUCAGCCACGAAGUUCCGCAACCACGUCAUGGAGGGGGAGUGGGACAAGGCUGAGAAUGAUCUCAACGAGUUGAGGGCACUGAUGCAUUCUCCCAACGCUAUUGUGAUUUUGGGGUGGAGUCAAGCCUCUCGCUUCGUCUCUUUCUCUCUGCGUAUGAAGUUCCUGCUCCUGCAGCAGAAGUAUCUGGAGUACUUGGAGGACGGGAAGGUUCUCGAGGCUCUGCAGGUGCUCAGGGGAGAGCUCACGCCGCUCAAGUACAACACGGACCGCAUCCAUGUACUCAGCGGGUAUCUGAUGUGUAGCCAUGCAGAGGACCUGCGCGCCAAGGCAGAGUGGGAAGGCAAAGGCACAAACUCCCGCUGCCGACUGCUGGACAAGUUACAGACAUACCUGCCCCCGUCGGUGAUGCUGCCCCCACGCCGGCUGCAGACCCUGCUGAGACAGGCUGUGGAGCUGCAGAGGGACCGCUGCCUCUACCACAACACCAAACUGGACAGCAGCCUGGACUCUGUCACCUUGCUCCUGGACCACGUCUGCAGCCGGUCAGCAACACACUCAGGGAAGCAGUUCCCGUGCUACACACAGCAGAUCCUCACAGAGCACUGUAACGAGGUGUGGUUUUGUAAGUUCUCCAACGACGGCACCAAGCUGGCUACCGGCUCCAAAGACACCACCGUCAUCAUCUGGCAGGUGGACCCUGAGAGCUACCAGUUGAAGCUGCUGCGGACCUUAGAGGGCCAUGCCUACGGUGUGUCCUACCUGGCCUGGAGCCCCGACGACGCCUACCUGAUCGCCUGCGGACCCGAUGACUGCUCCGAACUCUGGCUCUGGAACGUCCAGACGGGGGAGUUGCGGACCAAGAUGAGCCAGUCCCACGAGGACAGUCUGACCAGUGUGGCCUGGAACCCUGACGGGAAACGCUUCGUCACAGGGGGACAGAGGGGACAGUUCUACCAGUGUGACCUGGACGGUAACCUGUUGGACUCGUGGGAGGGCGUGCGUGUGCAGUGCCUCUGGUGUGUGGGGGACGGCAGGACGGUGCUAGCGUCAGACACACACCAGCGGAUCCGGGGUUACAACUUUGAGGACCUAACGGACAGAAACAUAGUUCAGGAGGACCAUCCUAUCAUGUCUUUCACUGUUUCCAAGAACGGAAGAUUAGCUUUGUUAAAUGUAGCAACUCAGGGAGUGCAUCUUUGGGACCUGCAGGACCGAGUAUUGGUAAGGAAGUACCAAGGUGUGACCCAGGGCUUCUACACCAUCCACUCCUGCUUCGGAGGCCACAACGAAGACUUCAUUGCCAGCGGCAGCGAAGACCAUAAGGUGUAUAUCUGGCACCGACGCAGUGAGCUGCCCAUCGCUGAGCUGACGGGGCACACUCGCACAGUCAACUGCGUUAGCUGGAACCCCGCCAUCCCAGGCCUCAUGGCCUCUGCCUCGGACGACGGCACUGUGCGUGUCUGGGGCCCCGCACCCUUCCUCGACACACAGGUGGUCGACGGGCUCAACGAGAACUGCAGUAACAUGGACAGUUGAUGGUGACGUUGGAAUGGAAAACUUCUUCUCUUUUACAACAAGAAAUACAACCAACCGACAUCAAAUAAACAUCAAAACGAGAAUGAAAUCCCAACACCUGACGAAACAAAAAAGAGAAAACAAAAGUAAAUCAGUUGUCUCAUGACCUGGCAAAACUAUGGAGGUGAGGAUGAACACACUCUUACAAAACCAGGUCUUCAUCCAGAACCAGUGGCCUGGAAGACCAGUGACCUGGGAAACCGAGCCGAUCCAUUGGUACUCCCUGCUGACUUCCUCUUCCUCCGCCCCCCCUUUUUCUUAGCAAGGCCACACCAGGGGCUCUCCCCUGAAUAUUCCCCUGGAAACCCACCUCUUCACUGGGCCUCAGGCCCAGCGUCACGCCCCUGACCCCUUCAGACAGCCAUUACAGACCAUCUACACUGAUUGGACCGUGUCUGUCAUCUGUCUCUCUCUCACCUACCUGUGUAUGUCCGUGGGGAGGGGGGGUGGGGUGUUAAAAGGGGUGGAGGGGGUUAUAGUAACUCUUCAGUUUAUUCGUUUUUCUGUUCUCCUUCCUCUUCUCGCUCCUUUCUUCGCACUUGAGUUGUUGGACGAACGCAGAAAAUCAACACAAAACCAACCAACCGACAAAGAAAAACGCAAAGGCUAUGCUUACUUUGGAUUUUUUUGUUGUUGAUAGUCAUAGCAUUCUUAUUGUUAUCAUUUAACAGGUGAAUCCUAGGUUUGAACUAGGAGUAAUGGCCGUGGAGUGCUUUAGUGUGAAGAAUGCUCUCAAUUAGGAAAAGCUCUUUUUAUCCCUUGUUUAAAGUCUGUAACACGGACACAUUCGCUCCAAUGUCCCCAGAGUCUCACCCUCUAACUCCCCCUAUCUCCCCCCCUCCCGCUUCUGAGUUUAAGCUAUCAACUGCACAGCUCACAGUUCCAUUAGAUCUGCCUGUUGGGAGGGGGUAAAGGUCAAGGGGAAAGGUCAGCUGUCAAAGGUGAGAGGUCCGUGGUAGCUGGUGUAGUGUGGUUGGGUCUCCGCUGCAGGGCCAAGUGUGAAGCAGUCCUCGUGUUGAGUAGCUCUAAGAAGGACAUACUCUUGGAUGUAGAGGUCUGUACAUGCAACUAUUGCAGUACACUGAGGACUGCACCACCUGUGUGUGUGCUUUUGUGUGUGUAUGGGUACACUUCCGUGUGUUUGUUUAGGUGAGUGAAUGCAGGUGCAUGCAGACGUGUAUGUGUGUGUGUGUGUGUGUGUGUGUGUGUGUGUGUAUUCACACCAGCAGAAGAUCAUGCUUUCCCCUCCUCCCCAAGUGAAAUUGUAAAGAAGAUUUUAAUCCCAUUCAGAGUUAAUCCAAAGCCCCAGAGCGACCUCUAUCUGUGGAACAAAGAGUACUUGAGAGCCAUUUUGUAUAAACUAUUUUUUUUAAACUGGGGCUUUUCUUUUUACAUUUGACUUUGCUUUUUUAUAUUUCUCCUUAACACCACCCACCAUUGGAAUGGCACUGAGAUACCAGAGUUGGAUCAGUUUUGUGGGAAAAUUAAAAGAGAAAAAAAGAGGUGAAUGACGUGACUUUCUAAAGAGCUGUAAACUGUUGUAAGCAAAGGCUCAUUUCAUAUGAGUAGGUGUUAUUGAUUGUACCGUUGGAAACAGAUGUUUAAUGUUUUGCGUGUAUGAAAAGGAAGAGCCACACAUUCACAGCUUUACAUAGUUUUCCCCUUAACACAAUCACCCCCGCCUCUCCCCCCAGACACACCCACAUGUACACCCAAAACACACUGCUGCACUUUGAGGUCUACCCCAAGUCACACCUACAAAUGCUCAAUUCCAAUAUGAUCACCUGCUCUUAGCCCCAGUCUGACAGGACUGGAUAGGUAUAGGCAAGGUCAUAUGGAUUAAGUGAUCAUAUUGGAAUCUGGCUCACGCCACACUUCCAUGCACCCUACACAGUACACAGUAGUACAGCAUUAUUGAUGUUAAUGAUACAGAACCAAACACAACCUCCCACAUAUACACAGGCAUAGCUGCUUCAUCUUACAGCCCUUACGGAGCAAGACUUACAGCCCUUACGGAGAACACCCAUUUCUCUCCAGCCAAGUCCUCCUUAUCAGUGGUGAAGGCACCAUACAGAGCUUUCUUCCUCCUGAUUCAGGGUAUGUAAUGACUUUGCUAUGGACUGAUAUUAAAUGUUUAAAAAGAACGCUUUUCUGUCAGUUUUUAUGAAAUAUUUUGCUACAUUCAUUUUUCGUUCUCAUAUCAUUUCAUUCUCUCCCUGUAUUAUCAUAUUAAAAUAUAACCAGACAA